ACAGGUAUAAAAAGAAAGGUUUUAAACCAGUAGGAUAACAGUUCCCCAGCAAGAGCAGCAGCAGCACAGAGAGACAAAAUGACCUCCACCGGCAUGAACAUGAACGGCAGAAUCACCUUCUACGAGGACAGGAACUUCCAGGGUCGUUCCUAUGAGUGCAGCAGCGACUGCCCUGACAUGUCCUCCUACCUAAGCCGCUGCCAGUCCUGCAGGGUUGAGAGUGGCUGCUUCAUGGUGUACGACCGCCCCAACUACAUGGGAAACCAGUGGUUCAUGAAGAGGGGAGAGUAUUCUGACUACCAGCGCAUGAUGGGAAUGACCGACAUCAGGUCCUGCCGCAUGAUCCCCAUGCACAGAGGAUCUUUCAGGAUGAGGAUCUACGAGAGGGAGAACUUUGGAGGUCAGAUGCACGAGAUGAUGGACGACUGUGACAGCAUCAUGGAUCGUUACCGCAUGAACAACUGCAUGUCCUGCAACGUUAUGGACGGCCACUGGCUCAUGUAUGAGCAGCCCCAGUACAGAGGCAGGAUGAUGUACAUGAGGCCUGGAGAGUACAGAAACUUCAGUCAGAUGGGCUCUAUGGGUAGGCUCAUGAGCAUGAGGCGUAUCAACGAGUCCUGUUACUAGAUAUUGCUUUUUACUGAUGUAAAUAAGAGAAGCCAUUGAAUAAAAUGUCUGUUUGAAAAAAGCCUAAA